AUGUUCCCGACCGUGCAAGUCUUCCCCCGUCGCAAGAAUGGCGAGACACACCGCAAUGGCGUCGUCAACCUCUCCUACUCCGACAUCCUUAACCUCUUCCACCUCCGACAGGACCAGGCUGCCAAGGAGCUGGGCAUCUCCAUCACCGCGUUGAGGGGGGCGUGCAAGAGGCUGGGAGUACCCAAGUGGCCGUAUCCUCGCCAUCGCGACGACUCCGACCAAGCCUCAGACAGACCUGACCGCCCUCAUCGCCCCCAGACAGGCGAGGAGGGGUCAGCCUCGAGCACCAGGCGGGUGUACUCCGCGGACACGCCGACCCUUGUGGACAGGAGAAGCCACGCGGGGUUGUCGGACUCGCGGUCAGAGGCCUCGGCCGGGUCAGCUCCAGACAUCCCGUCAGACUCCGCGGCCUCAGGAAGCGAGCAGGAGGAAGCUUCUCGGUCUCACUCGCGCGCUGACGGAGACUUUGGGCUUGGCCAAGGCGGCCGGACAGAGGGAGUCGAGAUGCUCAGCGAGCCCCCACCUUCAGACGCCAACGUCGCGAGCAGCGAGCCAGGGGAGGGCGGGCGGCUAGAUCCGGCGUUUAUCAGGUGGUUCUUGAUCCAGAAGGACGAGUGCGGAGAGGACGAUGAGCUGUAA